UAGUUUAGUGGUUUAGUCAGUUUUGGAGCAACAAAACUCGGUAAUGUCACAAGGAACGUGAAUGUUCAUGGCCAAUCCAAGAAAGAAGAAGUUUUGGAACAGCGCCGGCACGCGCGUUCUGAAAAAGAAAGUAGCGUGUGCGGGAAAUCAUCCAGCGAGAGAGAGAGAUUUGAGAGCGACUACAAGUCUAAAGUAAAAAGUAGCAUCGCUGCUUGGCGUAAAGCGAAUGAAAGAGAGGGAAGGUUUAAGUAGCGGUGGCGGUGGCACACAUGUCGUCGAAGGUUUUGGAGCCGUGUACACUUUCGCAUCAGCAGCCUGCAGCAGCAGUACGGCACAACUACCACGUACAAUUGUCGAGGAGACGGCCUCUCAUUAUGUCCACCUCCAGCACGGUGUCAACUCCUAGCAGUAAGAAAAUCAUGACGACCUGCACGAACGUCUCGUUCCAAGCUCAUCACGUAUCGCGAGUGAAGCGCGGUCGCACAUUGGGCUCGGUGCGCGGCUUUCGCGGCUGUACGGUGUGGCUGACAGGACUGUCGGGUGCCGGCAAAACUUCGAUCGCCUUCCAAGUGGAAGCGUUUCUGGUCGAUUUGGGUAUCGCGGCCUACGGCCUCGACGGCGACAACGUGCGCACGGGAUUGAACAACAAUUUGGGCUUCACGCCGGCCGACCGCAAGGAGAACAUCCGCAGGGUCGCCGAAGUCGCCAAGCUGUUCGCCGACAGCGGACAGAUCUGCCUGUGCAGCUUCGUCUCGCCGUUCGAAGAGGAUCGCCGGAUGGCACGAGAGAUUCACAAGGAAUUCGAUUUGCCCUUCUACGAGGUCUUCGUCGACACGCCGCUCAACGUCUGCGAGGCCAGGGACGUCAAAGGUUUGUACAAGAAAGCAAGGCAGGGUGCAAUAAAAGGUUUCACGGGUAUCGACCAGAUGUACGAGCGUCCAUCGAAUCCGGAUCUCAUAGUAACAACGGAAAAUUGUUCGCUCGAAGAUUCAGCCUUCACAGUAAUCAAGUUUUUACAAGGGCAGCAUGUAAUACCCGAAACGCCACAGCCGAACACACCACUGCGCGAACUAUUCGUCCCAACGUCCCGCGUACAAGCAGCCAAAGCCGAAGCUAAUACAUUGCACAGCAUCGAGAUCAACGAGGUGGACGUGCAAUGGUUGCAAGUGCUCGCCGAGGGUUGGGCUGCACCACUCACUGGCUUCAUGCGAGAAGACCAGUACCUUCAGGUACAACACUUGAAGUGCCUGAUACACGACGGUAAGGAGGUGAAUCAAUCCAUCCCUAUAGUACUGGCGGUGAAGGACGCGGACAAAAAGCUCUUGGAAGGCUCAUCAGCGGUAUGCUUGAAGUACGAAGACACAGCAGUGGCCAUCGUGAGACGACCAGAAUUCUACUAUCACCGCAAAGAGGAACGUUGCGGAUGGCAAUUCGGUACUUGUAAUCCUGGACAUCCAGUGGUGAAGAUGAUCCUGGAAUCGGGUGAAUGGCUAAUGGGUGGUGAUAUCGAAGUAUUCGAGCGUAUUCGCUGGAACGAUGGACUAGACGAAUAUAGACUGACACCCAAUGAAAUACGAGAGAAAUGUCGGAGAAUGAAUGCCGAUGCUGUUUUCGCCUUUCAAUUGAGAAAUCCAAUUCAUAAUGGGCAUGCACUUCUCAUGCAGGAUACGAAAAGACGUUUAUUAGAAGAAAGAGGAUUUAAGAAUCCAGUAUUACUUCUACAUCCAUUAGGUGGAUGGACAAAGGACGACGAUGUGCCUCUGAAGAUUCGUAUCGCUCAGCACAAAGCUGUACUUGACGAGGGUAUCUUGGAUUCCAAAUCGACUUUGCUAGCUAUAUUCCCUAGUCCAAUGAUGUACGCGGGCCCGGUCGAGGUGCAAUGGCAUGCUAAGGCAAGAAUGAAUGCCGGGGCCAACUUCUAUAUAGUGGGAAGAGAUCCAGCGGGAAUCCCACAUCCUGAUAAAAGUCGAACACCAGAUGGUAAUUUGUACGAUCCUACACACGGUGCUCGUGUACUUUCAAUUGCAAGAGGCUUGCAAAGUUUAGAAAUUAUUCCGUUCAUCGUUGCUGCUUACGACACCAUCAACAAAAAGAUGGCUUUCUUCGAUCCUAGUCGAAAGCAAGACUUUGACUUCAUUUCAGGAACUAGAAUGAGAAAUUUAGCGAAAUCGGGAGACUUACCACCACAAGGAUUUAUGGCACCCAAAGCUUGGGACGUACUUGCAAAUUAUUAUCGGGGAUUGAGCUCUAAAUGAGUGAUUACCGUGAAACAGAAAGAGACAGAGUGAGUGAGAGAGAGAGAGAGAGACAGAGAGAGACAGAGACAGAGAGACAGACAGACAGACAGACAGACAGAGAAAGAGAAAGAGAAAGAGAAAGAGAAAGAGAGAGAAAGGGGAAAAAGUAUUGUAGUUCUAAGACGCCCGAUAAAUUUUUAUAUCAAUUUUUAAAGAUGACAAGUAUAUUUAGCUAGGAGCAAAAUCGUUUUCGAUUGCAAUUGUACAUAUAUAAUCUUUUACAUGCAAAUUUAUGUACAAUGGGUCCUAGCAUAAUGUUAUUUUGCAUUCCACUGAGGCGACGAUUUCUUAAUAAUUUGUUAUAUUACACUAAGGCAAAAUAGCAAUGAUUGUAUAAAUUGCGAACUAUAUUGAAACUGUUCCUCACAAUUCAUCAAUCACGAUGAUUAGAAACUAUUAUAUGAACUAUUGAAAAUGAAUUUAACGAAAGAGAUGUUUUCUUCAAAUGUAGGUUUAUAAAAAAUUCUAUGUGUUGCUGCAAUAAUUUAUAAAUGUUUACAGAUUUUAGAGAAUUAAUUUAUUGUCUUUAACAAAAUGUUUAAUGCUUUGAAACUUUAUUGUAAUAUUUUAAUAUUUAUACGUAAUGUCAUAAUUUUAUCAAAUUGUAUAUAUCAUACGAUUAAUUUUCUGAUGUAAAUUUAAUGUUUAUAAAAUGUACAAAGUA